AUGCCUCCUCAUCAUCACGAAGACAACGAUUUCUCUGCACCGCCAGAGGUAAGGUCACGCCGGCCGCUUGGAAUGGAAUGGAAUGGACACACACACACACACACACACACACAGACCUUUUCUGUUCCAAUCGAGACGCCACUGAACUGAACUGAACUGAACUGACAUGUGGUGGUGGGCCGCAGGUGCAUGAGUUCGCGGCCCUGCUGUUCGACAUGGACGGCACCAUCAUCGAUUCGACCGCCGCGAUCGUGAAGCACUGGCAGCAGAUUGGGGAGGAAAUCGGCGUCCCUGGCGAUGGUACGUAUACACCUACCUACCUACCAGAACCCAGCUCGUCUCCCUCCCUCCUACAGCCAGAAGAACAACAACAACAACAACAACAACAACAACAACCGUCGACUAACACGAAAUGUUUUUCCAAAGAAAUCCUCAAAACCUCCCACGGCCGUCGGAGUAUCGACGUGCUCGCGCUGCUGGCCCCGCAGCGCGCGACUUGGGACUACGUCUGCGCGGCCGAGGGCCGGAUUCCGAUCGCGUAUGGGGACGACGCCACGGAAAUUCCGGGCAGUCGCGCGCUGCUGGAGCAAUUGGAAGACGCCAAAGUGCCUUGGGCGAUCGUGACUUCGGGCACGAGGCCGCUGGUGACCGGCUGGUUGGGGAGGAUGCGGCUUGCGUUGCCCGGGAAUUUGGUGAGCGCCGAGGAGGUGAGCAGGGGGAAGCCGGAUCCGGAAUGUUAUCGGGUGGGGGCGAGGCGGUUGGGGUUUGAUGAUGGGGGUGGUGAUGGUGAUGGUGAUGGUGGUGGUGGUGGUGGUCGUCGCCGCGGCGGCGAGAUUUUGGUGCUGGAGGAUGCGCCGAGUGGGAUCCGCGCGGGCAAGGCGGCGGGGUAUAGGGUGGUUGCGCUGGCCACGACGCAUGCUGUCCAGGAGUUGAGGCUUUCGGGGGCGGAUUGGAUUGUGAGGGACAUGAGGAGCGUGAGAUUUUUGGGCAAGGAUGCGGAGACGGGACGGGUCAGUAUCGAGAUCAGGGAUGCGUUGUUGAUGGCAGCAUGA